AUGGUAUUAUCUUGUUCAACAACCGCUGGAGAAGACUGGAACCUCCAACAGGAACCUCCAACAGGAACCUCCACCAGGAACCUCCAACAGGAACCUCCACCAGGAACCUCCAACAGGAACCUCCACCAGGAACCUCCAACAGGAACCCCCACAGGAACCUCCAACAGGAACCUCCACCAGGAACCUCCACCAGGAACCUCCAACAGGAACCUCCACCAGGAACCUCCACCAGGAACCUCCAACAGGAACCUCCACCAGGAACCUCCACCAGGAACCUCCAACAGGAACCUCCACCAGGAACCUCCACCAGGAACCUCCACCAGGAACCUCCACCAGGAACCUCCAACAGGAACCCCCACAGGAACCUCCAACAGGAACCUCCAACAGGAACCUCCACCAGGAACCUCCACCAGGAACCUCCACCAGGAACCUCCAACAGGAACCUCCAACAGGAACCUCCACCAGGAACCUCCACCAGGAACCUCCACCAGGAACCUCCACCAGGAACCUCCAAUAGGAACCUCCAACAGGAACCUCCACCAGGAACCUCCAACAGGAACCUCCACCAGGAACCUCCAACAGGAACCUCCACCAGGAACCUCCAACAGGAACCUCCACCAGGAACCUCCACCAGGAACCUCCACCAGGAACCUCCACCAGGAACCUCCACCAGGAACCUCCACCAGGAACCUCCACCAGGAACCUCCAACAGGAACCUCCACCAGGAACCUCCACCAGGAACCUCCAACAGGAACCUCCAAUAGGAACCUCCAACAAGAACCUCCAACAGGAACCUCCACCAGGAACCUCCAACAGGAACCUCCAACAGGAACCUCCACCAGGAACCCCCAACAGGAACCUCCACCAGGAACCUCCACCAGGAACCCCCCACCAGGAACCUCUACCAGGAACCCCCAACAGGAACCUCCACCAGGAACCUCCAACAGGAACCCCCACCAGGAACCCCCAACAGGAACCUCCACCAGGAACCUCCACCAGGAACCUCACGCCGGGGGCCCACAGCGCCGGGUGCCCCACAGCGCCGGGGGCCCCACAGCGCCGGGGGCACCACAGCGCCGGGGGCACCACAGCGCUGGGGGCCCACAGCGCCGGGGGCCCCACAGCGCCCGGGGACUCCACAGCGCCCGGGGACUCCACAGCGCCCGGGGACUCCACAGCGCCCGGGGACUCCACAGCGCCGGGGGCCCACAGCGCCGGGGGGCCCACACCGCCGGGGGGCCCACACCGCCGGGGGCCCCACAAACACCAAGGGGCCUCACACCUCCGCCUCAUCUGCAAGUCUGA